AACCAGAUCAACAGUAACCAUCUUCGAAGAGCAGAACAAGAGGUGAUCAGUCUACAGGAGAAGGUGUACUAUCUUUCUGCACAGAACAAAGGAUUGCUUACUCAAUUAAGUGAAGCAAAGCGUAAACAAGCAGAGAUUGAAUGCAAGAACAAAGAAGAGGUGAUGGCUGUAAGACUCCGGGAAGCAGAUAGCAUAGCUGCUGUGGCUGAGUUACAGCAGCACAUUGCAGAGCUUGAAAUCCAGAAAGAAGAAGGAAAGCUUCAAGGACAGCUUAACAAGUCUGAUUCUAACCAGUAUAUUAGGGAACUGAAAGAUCAGAUAGCAGAGCUGAAUCAUGAGCACAAAUGCAGUUCCAACUACAAUGAGGAUUUUGUGCUACAGCUAGAGAAGGAGUUGGUUCAAGCUCGACUGAGUGAAGCUGAGUCUCAGUGUGCACUAAAGGAGAUGCAAGAUAAAGUCCUGGAUAUAGAGAAGAGAAACAAUGCCUUUCCUGAUGAGAAUAACAUCGCAAGACUUCAAGAGGAGCUCAUUGCUGUGAAACUGAGAGAAGCAGAAGCCAUUAUGGGUUUGAAAGAACUUAGACAGCAAGUCAAGGAUUUAGAAGAACACUGGCAGCGCCACUUAGCUCGCACUUCUGGGAGAUGGAAAGAGCCACCUAAGAAAAAUGCUGUGAAUGAGUUGCAAGAUGAACUGAUGACCAUUCGACUUAAAGAGGCUGAAACACAAGCAGAAAUAAAAGAAAUGAAACAAAGGAUGAUGGAAGUGGAAACACAGGUAUGAUGAGAAAGCCCCACAGGUUUGAACGUAUCACUAGGAAAUAAAAACUUUAUGCACAGGUUGUGUCAUCCCUAGAGUAAAGGUAAAAGGUGAUGAAACUGUACAGAUUACAGUUUUGUAACCCAAAUUAAGAGGGCUAAAAAUUGUUCUAGUUCAGAGAUUUAAUACCUGCUUUGACCCAUUCAGCAAACUUUAAGCAAAUGAGACUCUGUUUGAUGUUCUUAGGUAAAACUCCUAAGCUGCUUUGCUGCACAGCUUGUGA